AUGACGUCUCGCUGUGGCAACCACGAAUGGGAUAAGCCGAAAGGUGUACAACUUCUUCCCCAGCAUUGGGUGACUGAAGAGGAGGAUCUCUGCAACCAGCAGAGGAACUUCAGAGAGGAACUGGAGGAUCCAGAACCUCCAUAUUAUAAAGAGGGGCAGAGGACAGAGGGACAAGAACCUCCACAAACUGAAGAGGAACAGGGGGUUUCUGGACCUUUACUGAUUAAAGAGGAGCCAGAGGACCUUUUCAUCAGUCAGGAUGAGGAGCAGCUUGAGCUGAAGCAGGAGAUUGAAACAUUGAUGGAGAUUUCAACUUAUGAGGAAAAUGCUCACAGUGAAGCAGAUCUAAACAAACAGAAGAGCUUCAGUGUAACUGAGAGUCAGGAUGAAGAAGGAAACCAACUUGAAGAAUCAACAUCAAAUAAAGAUGAAGAGACGGAGCCACAGAACAGAGAUCAGAGGAAGAAAAGAGACAGAAGUCAUGUCCAAAGUGUGGACAGCUCUCACAUGUCAGAAAGUCAGUGUGACUCUGAUGUUAGAAAAAAUCCCAAAAAGGUAACUUUGGCUAAGACAUUAAAACAAUCCACAAAAGAAAAGAGACGUUCCUCUUUAAAGUCUGGUGAGAAGCCAAGAAUAAUAAUUAGUAAUCCGUCUGACUACAUAGAAACUGGGUUUGAUGAAAUACGUUAUAUCUGUAAAGAAUGUGAAAAAAGCUUUAGUCAAAGACCUCACCUCAAAAUACACAUGAGAACUCACACAGGUGAAAAGCCUUUUUCUUGUAAAGAAUGUGAAAAAAGUUUUAGUACUGCGUCUUAUCUCAAAAUACACAUGAGAACUCAUUCGGGAGAGAAGCCUUUUUCUUGUAAAAAAUGCAACAGAACUUUUAGUCAAGUACCUACUCUCAAAACACAUAUGAAAAUUCACACAGGAGAAAGGCCCUUUUCUUGUAAAGAAUGUGAUGCAAGUUUUCGUCACAUAACUAGUCUCAAAACACACAUGAGAAGUCACACAGGAGAAAAGCCUUUUUUUUGUAAAGAAUGUGAUGCAAGUUUUAGGCAAAUAUGCCAUCUCAAAACACACAUGAAAACUCACACAGGAGAGAAGCCUGUUACGUGUACAGAAUGUGACAGAAGUUUUAGUCGAAAAUUUCAUCUCAAAACACACAUGAGAACUCAUACAGGAGAGAAGCAUUUUUCUUGUAAUUAAUGUAAUUCAAGUUUUUGUCACUAUCUAAUCUCAAUAGACAUAUAAAUGUUUACUCACAUGACUAAAUUAUUUUGCUUGUCAAUGUAAUAAAAUGUUUUAGUGUAAACUCAUCAGAGGUCAACCUCUCAACCUCAACACCAGACCCAAAGACUUUAUUUUACUGGUUGAGGAAAGUCCUGUUUCUCAGAAAGUUUGAACAUUUUAACCCUUGCGCUCUCUUUGGGGUCCAGAUGACUCCGACCACAUAUUGAUGUGUGAUUCCUUCCAUGACAAAUGUCGACAAAGGUGGACAGAAUUUAUGUC